AUGCGAAUACUAGAAGCUGUUGAACUAAAUAGUUUGAAGUGUCUAGUCCACCUUUGUGAAAUUUAUGAAGAGACAAUUACAAAACAUGGAUCAAGAAAGACAUUGUCCACCUUAAACAUACAAUUGUACCACCGCCGAUUUAGCCUGGACUGGCCGAGCUCUGAUCGUCCUCGAGAAUCUCCUCUUCACCUUAUUGCUAGUAGGCAUUCGGGAUUGGAAGCCAUGAAAAUUGUUGAAAAGCAUUCAAAUUUUAUGGAUCACUUUAUUGAUAAACCAGACGAUAAUCAAUCCACGCCAUUACUUAUUGCAAUCAAGAGAAAAAACGUUGAAGUAGCAAAACGACUGAUUAAAUAUCCGACCAGGAAACCGGAUAUAAAGAAAACAAAUCUGCAUGGGGAAUCACCGAUCUGUGUUGCUGCUCGGACAGGCCAAGCUGAGAUUAUGGCAGAAAUCCUGAAAGAGUGUGAGUACAUGUAUGCAAAGAAAUUUGUAAUGCGUCGUGAAAUAAGAGAAGUGAAAUGCAAUAGCUUGAAAUGAAGCGGUGUCAAAUAUUCCCCGAGCCGACGGCGCGAAGCGCCGUGCGAGGGUACUAAUUCGCCCCGGCUAUUUCCCCCCGGGGAAACGAAAGCAUUAGCGAAGUCUAAAGUUCAUCAAUGAUCGUGGAAGUGGGUUACCGUGAGUCGUUCGGUGGGUGGUCAUCUCACUGAUCCCAAAAUAUGGCUGUUUGCCAGGAAUGAAAAGGCAACAAAUAUAAAAAAUGCAUGUCGGAAAGCUUGGAAAAUCGUUUCACAUAACAAAUUUUUACAAUUUUUACAGUAAAAGUAAACAUUUAUUAUAAGAAUUGAUUUAGUAUGAGAAAUCCUAAAGUGUAGGGCAAGUUUGUUUCAAUUGUUUAUGUAUGACUUUGUAUUAACGUGGACUUUGUUCUUGAUGUUCAAGUCAUUCCUGUGCAUUGUUUGCGAACGUUUCUUAGUUAAAUUAACCUUUGUAGAAGUUCAUUAUAAAAAAGAAAGCAAAUUAUUUUCAUCAGCGUCCUGUACGAAUUAAAUUUAUUUCCUUUCAAGGUGCGAGUAAUAAGUAGAAGCUUCAGUUGAAGAGUUUAUAUAGAUAUCGGCAAAAAGUAGCUGAUUUCAAUUCACAUUUAAAAACGUUUUACGUAGAGUUUCUUUUUGAAUUUUACAUUAAAAUAAAGCCCAUAGAAACCAAAAUAAUAUACCUACUUUAUAAAUUUUAGAAAUUGAUAGUUCUGUGUUUAAAAGUGUUCAAGUUUCAUUUAUUUUUUGCAGCUUUGCACAAAAAUUUUUAAAAAUUGUGAUUCGUGUCGCCAUGACUAACAUAACGUGCAACGCGAGCCUGCGUUCAGUGUUGGCGUAAUUAUGAAUACUUCAUGUUGAAACAAUGUUUGGAAAAUAUAGGCGAGGGGUUGUUGCAUGCAUGUAUUUCUAGUAUAACAAUAGACUUGAAUUUUUUUAUAUGUUUUAGUAACAAUUUAUUAAAAACUAAUACUAAAACGCAUUGAGUCCAAGCUUUUGGACAAACGCGUCCAUCGUCAGGGAAAAAUAUUCUAAUUACACCGUUUAUCCAGCUAAAAUUGUGCAAGUAUAUAUUAUUUGUUCCUGUCGAUCGACACGUUUGUCGGAAAGUUUGGAUAUUAAAAGUAUACGAGGGCAUUUUUAGAGGAACCUGGAAAGCUUGUAUGAGUAUGAUAAGACAAAAACAGAUAAACAAAAACAAGUGACGUAAUGGGCGUUUUAUAUUAUGAUCUAAGGUUUGAGUUUCACUUUAUCUAGAUUCGUCUUUGGAACAAUGGCACGACAGUCUGUUAUCGAACGACGAACUGUAUGGAGAAGGUCAUACAAUACUUUACAUAGCGGCUCAAAGUGGCAGCGCUGAGAUCCUGAAUGUACUUAUGGAAGAACAAUUAGACGCAGAAGUUUUUCUCAAGAAAGAAAAGGAACAUACAGAGUGGGUAAAUUUUGCAUCCAACGUGUUUGCAACGGAAUGUGAAACCCUUGUGAAAGAAAUCCUGCAAUUAGAUAAAGAAAUAAUUACACGUUUGGAUAGUAAUGGAGCAACACCACUCAUGCGGUAUGAAUUAAUUAUGAAAUUAACAAGACUUCCUCGAAAAAAUAUAAGGGUACUUCCUCGCAAGAAUAUAAUUUGUCUUUAAAGUGGUUCUAGCAUGAGAAAAAUGAUGCAAAAAUUAAUUUCGAGAUUCGUUGAAAAAUUAAAAGUUUUAAUCAAACGGUGAUGUUUGUAUCUUGGAGCACCGCCAUUAAAAUGGCCGAAUUGAAAGGAAUAAAUCGAGAAGAGCUCAUGAUGAUGUCAUGAAGUCUAAAAAGCGAAACGCUCAUUUUUGUUAUCAAUUUGUUGAAGUUAUGACAUCAUAAGCUCGACUUAGUCUUCGUCAUUUUAAUGACCGCGCUGCAACAACAAACUUCACACGUUGAUUAAGACCUUUCUUGACAAUUAUGAAUAUCAUUAAAAUCUUAUUGAAAACUUACAGAACGACGAUAAAUCUCGUUCUUAACAUAAAGGUACUCUAUCGGUAACUAUUCGAUUGGUAAAUAUAACACAUGAUGCUGCUCCAGAAGGGUGGCGCCUCACUUCCGGGUUUUUUGUUGCGCGAUAAACAAAAGUAAUUUUACCCUUCACCAGAGCAAUGCAGUAAACAUGACGUUUUGUGAUCUGGCACGUGUUAUUGUUUACUUUUGUCCAAUAAGAAAACAGGGAAAUUGAAGUUUGACACUAGGUAUAUAACAAAGAGUAUUCUAGUAUUCAGAUAAUUCACAUUCAUAAUUUCCCAAAAUUAUUCUAGUAUUUCUCCAGUACUGAUUUGUUUUCAUCUGGUUUUAAACCUCGCUAACUGACAAAAAUAGGCCUACUUUGGGGGCCAAGGUCGCCGUUAUUAUGUGCAACAUUGUGCGACAUUUGGCGACAUUGGCAAUUUUCAAAGAAAAGUAGUGUGCGUCGCUGGGCGAAACUGGGCGACAUUAGGCGACAUUGGACAAAACUGAAUGUUCAGCAAUAUCCAGAUAAUCUCAAAUAUUAUAAUUCACAAAUUAUGCAUCUACAUAAAAAAUACAACAGUAAAUAUCAAAACAUAAUUGGUUCCUGUGGCAAAGAGCACAAUUAGUUUAUUACAAUUAAUAGUUUGCAAAAAUAACAAGGAACAAUUCUCUAACUGCUAGCCUGACAAUUUACUCAAAGUGUAUACCGUAGUACACAUACAUGCCGAGUGCAUGGUACAUUUACAGUAUCAUGGAACUCUGAAUUCUUAAUUAUUAAAUUGACUGGUGUAAACACCUCAUAGAGUUUUAAAACUUGUUUAUUGACUGUGGUAUGCAGUGAUAGAAGUGGACAAGGUGCUAAAUAAAUUUGCUCGCUUAAAUGUAAGCAAAUAAGCUUGUGUUUUAACCAAUCAUAUUAACCUUAAACGUUAGUUGUGAGGCUUUCAACAGUUGCAAACUUUUGAUUAGUAUAGUUUUCUUGUAGUUACAGUAUAAAUUAUAAAGUUAAUAUGUUCAAGUGUACUGUGUACAUCGUGGUGUUUGGUAUUGGGUUUUUUAUUAGUAAGGAAAUAAAUCACAAAAUAACGAUAAAAGUACCUUGUUUGAUGUAUUUCCAGCAAGAAUCAGAUAUAAAUUAAUAAAUAGAAACAAGAAUUGAAUUCACAAAAGUUUAUAUUCGUUAAUAUAAAAAAAUGCUUAAAAGAAAUGGCGGCUGGGAUUUGAGCCCGCAAUACCACGGCACGUCUAAUUUAAUAGCGAGUCUCUACAAAAAUCAAACAUACCGCGGCAAAGCUCAAAAUUUUAAAUUCGCUCUACUUUUGAAUUUAAGUUAACUAUGACAAAGUAUGAAACGUCAUAUGGAUAGUUUUUAAAAAUACUCUUUUGUUUAUGAAAAAAAGGCAAAAAAAAUAUUUCAGCUGUGAGGACCGAUUUUCGCAAUCGAAAAAUGGCUGAAAUUGCGUAUGUUUACUAAAUACUGGUAUCCAAACCCUAAAUCCAAAUAGCCUUAUUAUACUUUCUGCUUAAGAUACAUCACUCCCUCGUUUAUUAAAAGUGGUUUUAUGAUUAUUGAACAACUGAACACAUUUGUGCACAAUAAAGAGCGACGGGUGCUGAUCUUUAUUGUUUGUCAUUGCGUGUAAAAAGUGACAGAUUUCUCCAUUUGCCAUCCUUUCAAAUCUUAUGAGAUUUUGCACAAGCACUAUUGCGAAACUGCCCUUUUCAGAAAUGUAUUAUUUAUUUUGGGCAAAUAAAUUCACACGCUUUGAGAAAGAGUUAACUUUGGUUCAUUAAAUAUGCAAAAAUCACUGUUUGGCAUUUGACCAUUUGCGUAAUAGACUAAAUUUUGAUCUGAACAAGUCUAGACAAAAAUUUCAUCACAGCUUGAAAGAGCAUCACAAAAUUAGUAAUAUUUCCAAAUUUCGUUGCGAAAUGUUGUAAAAUGCGGAUAAUAUAGCCUUGCAAAAUUUGUAAUUUUCAGUCAUUUUAGAUUACAAACGGGAAAUUGACAGCCUCAAAGCGUAUCGGGCUGUCAAUUUCCCGUUUGUAAUCAGUCUAAAAUGACUGAAAAUUGCAAACUUCGCAGGGCUAUAUUAUCCGCAUUUUACAACAUUUCGCAACGAAAUUUUGGAAUAUUGCUAAUUUUGUGAUGCUCUUUCAAGGUGUGAUGAAAUUUUUGUUUAGAUCAAAAUUUAGUCUAUUACGCGAAUGGUCCGAUUGCAUGACUAAAAACCCCUUGAAAUAAACUCGCUUAAAACAGCAUUGUUCUUCGCCUUUAGUUUAGAGAAUUUGAAGAAAACAUAAAUAUGCAUACCUUGAAUGAAAAAAUUUUUAGCUGUUCCACUUUUGGAGUUCAUACCAGGAAUUUAAUAUUGUCGACCGUUCGGUUGUUUACAUCUCCGCCUUAUACAUCGACUCAAAGUUCUUGGAAUCCAAUCUAUCAGAAAUCAGCUAACAAUUCACACAACUUCCAUUCGUGUUCCAUUUACAAUUAUUAAUAUUCUUAGAAACAAAGAGUCAAAAUUAAUGUUGCAGAAAUUCUACUUUAUUUUUAUACUGACAUAUCGAAAAAGCUAAAUGUUUACAUUAUAGGUGGCGGCCGGCUUCCUGUCGAUUUAGCGGAAGUAAUGCCACUGCGAUGUAUUACUGUAAUGUUGUCAUUUCUUUUUUAAUAUUUUUUUUCUAUUAAGUGGAUUAUUGCGAAUUGAGUUUUUUUUUUAUUGCUGUAAUUUACUUUUAUUUACAAUUAUUAAUAUUCUUAGAAACAAACAGUCAAAGUUAAUAUUACAGAAAUUCUAUUUUAUUUUUUACGGACAUAUUGAAAAAGCUAUUUGUCACCAAAUGUUUACAUUAUAGCUGGCGGGCUUCCUGUCGAUUUGGCGAAAGUAAUGCCACUGUGAUGCAUUACUUGUAUUUUUAAUAUUGUUUUUAUGUGGAUUAUUGUCGAAAAAAUGCGAUCCGCACGCCGCUAUGCUAUUGUUAUCAUGCAUAUGAUUAAUUAAUAUCCGUCACGAGCACCCCAUAUUAAACAGUUAAACUUCCAUGAAAAGUCAGCAUAUUGGUAUUUGAACUGACGACUGAUCAGAGUGGUUUCGAAGGAAAUGGCACUCUCUAGACGCUGCUAUUUUGGUCCAAUAGUGGCCACGGAUUGGCACAGAUUAUUCAUUUGAUCGCAGAGAUAUCAAUACUGCAGUAGCAUUGCUUCAGCCAAAUCGACAGGAAGCCCGCAUCAUCUAAUUAUAAAUGUAAAUACUUUUUGAAUAAAAUAUAAUGAAUAAAAUAUAAUGUCUGCAAUAUUAAUCUUGACUCUUUUCUGCAUGGCUUAUUUUUUUUUUUAUUGGCUUAACUAUAACAAUUGUAAAUGGAAUACGAAUGGAGUUGUGUAAAUUGUUAGCCGAUUUCUGUUAGCUGGACUCCUUGAACUUUGAGUUUAAUAUGUAGUUAAGUUAGGGAUAAACUCCAAAAGUGGAACAGCUCAAAGGAACUUUUUGCAUUCAAGGUAUGUAUAUUUAUGUUUUCUUCAAAUUCUCUAAACUAAAGGUGAAGAACAAUGAUGUUUUAAGUGAGUUUAUUGCAAAGGGUUUUUAGUCACGCAAUCGCCAAACAGUGAUUUUGCAUAUUUAAUGAACCAAAGUUAACUCUUUCUCAAAGCGUGUGAAUUUAUUUGCCCAAAAUAAAUAAUACAUUUCUGAAAAGGGCAGUUUCCCAAUAGUGCUUGUACAAAAUCCCACAAGAUUUAAAAGGAUAGCAAAUGGAGAAAUCUGCCACUUUUUACAUGCAAUGACAAACAUUAAAAAUCAGUACCCGUCGCUCUUUAUUGUGCACAAAUGUGUUCAGUUGUUCAAUUAUCAUAAAACCACUAUUAAUAAACGAAGGAGUGAUGUAGCUUUAACAGAAAGUAUAAUAAGGCUAUUUGGAUUUAGGGUUUGGAUACCAGGAUUAAGUAAACAUACGCAAUUUCAGCCAUUUUUCGAUUGCGAAAAUCGGUCCUCACAGCUGAAACAUUUUUUUGCUUUUUUUCAAAAACAAAAGAGUAUUUUUAAAAACUAACCACAUAACGUUUCUCACUUCACCAUAGUCAACUUAUAUUCAAAAGUAGAGCGAAUUUAAAAUGUUGAGCCUUGCCACAUAUUUCUCAUUUUGUUUGAUUUUUGUAGACAGUCGCUCUUAAUAGUUUAGCUUCUAACUUGUACUACUUCGUGUAAGGAAACAUAAUAAUUGAUUAUGGCAGGCCUUGGCGACAUUUUAUAAUAACCUGUACCGUAGAUCUUUCUGUGGUGCGUUCAUUGCUCUGUAUCUUUUGCGAUGAUACCUAAUUAUGAGAUGUCGAUCGUCGUAGCUUGGUCGAAAAGUAAGUAAUUUUAUUUUACAAACUACAAAGUCGUAUUUUGAACAUACUAAAUAAGUAUAGAUGACUUUCUUUAUUAUAACUACAGACGGUACCGUUUCGGCCUUUAGGAUACCUAGUGUUCUUCACUAGGCUAGUGUGAGGUAUUCUGUACUUUAGCACUCGCCAGUUAUCAUGAAUGUAUCCUUGAUAAUAAGAUCUAAGUUUGAUUUCAUAUACAACAUUUAAGAGACUGGUCAUAAUUUAUCAGGGGGGGUGGCGAGGUGUAAUUCAAAAUUGUAAGGAAUGAUAUUUUGUGACCCUGCUUUUCCCUAACCCGGAAAAAUAAUGCCCCCUCCCCCUCUCUUAUGUGAGAAGAACAAAAUGUGAGCAGACAUGUAUAAAACAAUUGAUUGAACUAAAACAGCAGACUCCCUCCCUGCCUUCAUAAACUGUCUAAUAUUUUAUGAACUCCCCUUUUUCCUGGCUAAAAAAUAUGUGACCCCCCACUGUUUCCACCUCCCCACCCCUCCUGCUAAAUUAUGACCAGUCUCUAAUGGCGUGUGAUUGACUAAUUUGACUGAGUUUCACAAAGAAACACAUUGGAGAAGAUAGCCAGAAGGCUACCUUAACAACAUAAUUUAGGUAAUACUCAUUGGAAUGAUGCGUUGUAAUUCCAUAUACAUAUAAACCCAAAUAACCAAGCCUCAUUAGUACUGGUGAGAGAUGGUGCCCUAACAGCACAUGCCCUUGGUGUUUGAUUACAUGUAUUUAUAACAAAAAACAUGCAGGAAACUAACAAAUAAAUAAGGAAUAGGCUAGAAUGGACGACAAACUCAAAGUGCAAAAUUGGGCAUGCUUGUGCGAGAUUAUGCGACAUUAGGCGAAAUUAGGCGACAUUAAGCGAAUAGACUGUUAGGCAAAGUUAAAAAAUUGGGUGCACAUGGGCGAAUUUGGGCGAAAUUAGGCGACAUUAGGCGACCUUGGCCCCCAAAGUAGGCCUAAAAAUGGGGCACUAGCGUAUAAAUAAUAGAGCUUGGGAACAACAUGUGUUCUCACUGCUUGUUCUCAUUUGUUGACUAGUUCGGAACAAAUACUAGUCAAUGUUCCUGCAAGUAACGCGGAAGAAAGCACCAGUUGCUUCCUCGUACAAGUUGGACAACUCAAUCAUAUCCAUUACUGACAACGAAAGAGACCUUGGCGUGUGGCUGUCAUCAAAUUUAACGUGGAAAAAAACAUGUGAACGAGCAGACAGCGAAAGCGAAUAAGAUUCUGGGAUAUGUUAGAAGGAACACCUUGUUUAUUCAAAAUACUGCAGCCAGACGAGCGUUAUACCUGCCAUUGGUUAGGUCGCACUUUGGCUACGCAACACAGGUUUGGUCACCACAGUCAGUGGAACUUAUAAGUAAACUCGAAAGAACACAAAGACGUGCUACUAAAUACAUCUUAAAUCUACCGUUUAGCACAACUGUUGACUAUAAAUCGAGGUUACGGUCUUUAAAUCUUCUUCCAGUAAGCUAUUAGCACGAAUACUUGGACCUCAUCAUGUUUUUCAAAAUCACACAUGGUCUAGUAACGCUAAAUCCCCAAGUGUUGCCAGCUAUCUUCGCCACUCGUAGAGCAACCCGAUCAACCUCGUCAAACAAACUGAAAUAUGUCAUCCCUAAAUGCAGAACUACCUCCUACCAAAAAUCUUUCCUCGUAAGAGCGUGCCGAGUUUGGAAUUAUCUUGCAGAUGAACUGAACCUCACUAAGGAUACUACAUUUCUGUAUUUAAAUCAGAUUUAAUUUGCUCAAGUAUUACUUUACAUCACUGAACAUUAAUUAUAUAUGAUUCUAAAAACUCUCGAAUAUUUAAGAGUAUAUGUCUGAAAUGUAAUGUGUAUUCGAAGCCUGUUACGUCUAAUAUCGUGUUGCAGUUGAACUGUAAAUAAGAUCACACCUGUAACGUAUGUUGUAUGUGUAUAUAUAUAUAUAUAUAUAUAUAUAUAUGUGUAACGAUAGUUUUGUGUCGGGCCCGCAGUAAUUGGCUAUUCGCUGUUGCGGUCACCCAGCCGUGGUCAUGUACCUACUGUAUUUCAUUAUGUACGUCUGUUUUUGUCCUGUCAUGUAAUGUACUGUUUCAUCGGCAAAGUUUAUAAAUUAAAUUAAAUUAAGUUACGAGUAAGCAACUUGUUACCUGCAGAUGAUAUUAGACUUUUUUGCAAAAAUGUGUUGCCAGCCUCCUACCAUCAUCAAUCUUGUGAUAACAAGUUGUUCCAGAGUUUUCACAACAACUGGGAUUGCAUGCUGAUAUUUGCCGACUUCAUGAUGGACUAAUUGUUACAACUUUCUUGCAGGUCUGUGACACUUUGUGCGUUUUUACGUGUGUAACACUAUGGAUAUGCCGUAUGUUUGAAAUGACUUGCGCGUUCACCUUAUAUUGAUUAAUUAGCAUAUCUGUAUUCAUAUUCAUAAGUUUGAUAAUUUAUAUUAUUCCUUUGUAAUUAAAAGUUAGAAAUAUGUGUAGGUUUGGUAUUGAAUAAGCCUAAUGAUUUCAAAUCAAACCUCGUCACAUAAUACUAUUUGUAAAAUUAUAUUUUUUUAUAAGUUAUAUCAUCCAUUAUCGUAAUUUAUUAUAAUUUCAUGCAUGGCUGUUUGACAAUUGUGUGACAAAUUAAAUUCAUUCAUUCAUUCAUUCAUUCAUUCAUUCAUUCAAUAAUUCAUUCAUACUUAAUUUAAAGUGACUCCCUGAAACACGAUUUUUCCCCGAACCAACGGCGUGGAGCGCGAGGGUACUAAUUCCGCCCGGCUAUUUACACCCGGGAAAACGAAAGCCCUUAGCAAAAUCUGAAGUUCAUCAAUGAUCAUUGAAUAAGAAUUGAAUACAAAAAAUUCAAAUAUAUAUAGAUGGCUCUUAUCUCAGUAAUUCCUUCCUCUUCGUUCUUUACAAAAGAAACAAACAUUUUUAUAAGUAUGUCUUUUCUCCACAGGGCAGUUGAAGCUGAUAAACUGGAUACUGUGAUGAUGUUAUUAAGUAUUGAAAGUGGGGAAACAGCUAUGUCAAAGUGUGACAAAAAAGGAAGAAAUGUUUUUCACUAUGCUGUUAAACAUGCAGAAAUCAUUCACUUUCUUGUGAUGAACGUCAAGGUAGGUUAUUAAAUACUUUUACAAGUGUUUUUUAUAGCAAAAGAAGAAAACAAGUCGUUUUUGAGUUUUGAAACAUUGAUCUGUCAUCGACAAGAUGUAGUAGCAGAGGAG